UUGCUGUUUGUUUACAACUUACUUGAAGCGAAGACCGUGACAUGCUGCGCGCAAUACGUUGAAUUAAGUGUGAGCAUGCUUUUGAUGAUAUGAGCGAAAAUAAUUUGCGUAAACGAACCGAAACGAUGCCCAUUAGUUUGAAGAUUGACAAAUCAACGAGAGAAUCGAGUUAUGGAACGUCAGUGAGUAGGGAGAGCAGUUUCAGCAGUGUCGAGUUAGGCGCGUCGAAUUCUGUUAGUCGUGAGAGCAGUUUCUCCAGCGUGGCGAGUAGCAAUGGCAGUGGUGGGUUUUUCGAAGUAGAUUCUUCUCGGUCCUCUUCUAGAUCUAAUUCCUGGCGAUCGAGCGAGGAUUCCAGCGAAAGCCGACAACGGAUUUCUAGCGUAACAGAUCAACAGUAUCAAAGAUUGCAUAAUGCAAGGGAAAGAUUUCGCAAAGCGAGAGAACCAACUUCAAAUGACUCUUCUGUUACGGAAGAGAGUCAUGCUCCACCUGAAAACACCCGAUCGAUGACGAACCUUAAAAGACCCGAAGUCCAUGGACGAAGUGCAUCUGAGCCGCAUAUUUUGGUGCUGUCUCCGAUCUCAAGUCAAUCAAAGCUUUCUGCCAGUCCCGACGGCUUGGUAAUCUCAACGCCGCCAGUGAAAAGUUUCAUCGAAUACCGCUUACGAUCUCGAUCUUUCACUGGGUCAGAACACAGCGAGGAAGAAAGAGGGGAAAUGAAAAAUCUUCAAGCAAGUUUCUCUCACUCACACCUUCAAGUUCCAGACAGUAGAAAUGAUUGCAUGAGGCGAUCUGGAAGAAAAAGUUGUGGGGAGAAUCAAGACCAGAAUGCAGAGAAAGUUACAGUUUCAGAAGAGGAUUACCAGACUUUAAAGAAGGAAAUGGAGAGUUUGCGACAGGAGCGUGACUGUUUGAGGCGCGAAUGUGACCGCUUGCGAUGUGAGCGUGACGCAGUGCAGUUGGAACGUGACACACUGUUGUGUGAAAAGAGCAAUUUACAAGUUGAGCUGAAUAACAGGAAUGACAUCAUACAGCAUCUUCAGGAUCACGUGACAAAGCCAGUUAAUUCCUUGGUCGUACCAGAUGAGGUUAAAUCGACCCCUAAAAAGCAAAGAUCAAAGUCUGAAGUGCGCCGUCCGGCGUUCUAUUUUCCUGAGGAGAUGGCAAAGACAAAUGCUUACACUUGUCUAUAAAAAAUGUUACAGCGCUGUAGUCUAUUAAAUUAUUGUUCAGGGGGCUAUUUCAAUUCAUCCCUUAGUGUUUAAAACGCAUCGUUGAUACGGAGUACUUCUCGCGUUUCUUACGUAAUCAGUGUUAACCCGUUGAUGGGAAAUAUAAGGGUAUCUCGUCAGGACUGCCGCCAGGAUAUCAUUGUCAACUGCAGGCUAAAUCACUGUUUAAUCUUUAGAAGAUUAACUUGUGAAAAUCGAAACAUCGUGUAAAGGAAGGGGAAAAGAUGAACGUAUUCCGCCUAUUGUAAACUAGUCGAGGACCGGGUAGGAAUGUCAAAGACCGAUCGAGCACGAUGAAGUUGACAAGUGAAACCGCACCACAUUAAAGAGAAUCCAGGUCUUGUUCUUAUUGUUGAAUGUGAAAAUGAUAGGAGAUCAGCAAAGCAAAUUAUGGUAAACCUUUGAGAAGUAAUAAAAUCUUACAGUUUGA